UAGCCCGGGCCUGGCAGGAACAAAAAGGGUCUCGUCCGCCCGGCCUUUCCCGCCGGCCAGGGACCAGGCCCACUCCAGGCCGCUGUACGGAGGCGCGUCGGGCGCUCGGCCCCGCCCUCAAGUUCGCUUACGCGCACGCGCACUGCCCGGCUCCGGAAGGCGCCCGCGAGAGUUGACGUUAGCCAUGGAAACCGGGAGUGGACCCGGGAGAGAGCGCGGCGAGCUCUUUGUGGGACCGCUACACCUUUUCUGCCUUCGCCUACCCGCCGCAGCCAGCCACACGGCUGGAGCGCCUAACCCGGGUUUACCUGCAAAAAUGCAGCGCCCAGGAUGCCUUCGCGUCUUCUCUCUGCUCAGGUGACUCGAGAGAUCGCUGUGUUACAGAAAAGGAUGUGAUUUUCAGAAUAAUCCUGAGUGAGAAGGAUGAGUCCAGAUGUGCCUUUGCUGAAUGAUUACAAACAGGACUUCUUUCUGAAGCGCUUUCCACAGACCAUUCUUGGAGGCCCUCGACUCAAAUUAGGCUAUUGUGCCCCUCCUUACAUUUAUAUUAAUCAGAUUAUUCUUUUUCUGAUGCCAUGGAUUUGGGGUGGCAUAGGAACACUUCUGUACCAGUUGGGCAUACUGAAAGACUAUUAUACAGCAGCACUUUCAGGUGGAUUAAUGCUUUUCACUGCUUUUGUCAUCCAGUGCACCAGCUUGUAUGCCAGAAACAAAUCGGUGCCAGUAGAAAGAAUACUAACCACAGACAUCUUAGCAGAGGAAGAUGAGCAUGAAUUUACAAGUUGUGCCGGUGCUGAGACUGUCAGAUUUCUCAUUCCUGCCAAGAAGUACACAGCCAAUACAGUUUUUCAUUCUGUUCUUGCUGGGUUAGUGUGUGGCCUUGGAACAUGGUAUCUGCUCCCAAAUAGAAUGACCUUGCUCUGUGGUAGAGCAGGAGGCACUGCUCUAUUUAUCUUUGGAUGGGUGACAUUAUGUAUAGGAGAAUAUUCAUUAAUCGUAAACACGGCUACAGAGACGGCAACUUUUCAAACCCAGGAUACUUACGAAAUCACGCCUCUCAUGAGACCACUUUACAUUUUUUUCUUUAUUUCUGUGGAUCUUGCACACAGGUUUACAGUAAAUAUACCAGCUCUAGAACAAGUGAAUCAGAUUUUACAUAUCUUGUUUAUAUUUUUACCCUUUCUGUGGGCUCUUGGUACCCUGCCCCCACCUGAUGCACUGUCCUUAUGGGCAAUGGAGCAGGUUUUAGAGUUUGGACUUGGAGGCUCGUCUAUGUCAACCCACCUACGGUUAUUAAUAAUGUUUAUCGUUUCUGCUGCAACAGCUGUAACAUCGUAUUUCAUUCCCAGCACCAUUGGCGUGGUUCUUUUCAUGACUGGACUUGGGUUCUUAUUGAGUCUUAAUCUAAGUGACAUGGGUUUUGCCUUCAAACACAGUGUGACCAGUCAUAGAACUGGAACCAAAUCUAAGUCUUUAAGUUUACGGAGUGAUUCCAAAAAACAGUUUACAUGGAAAGAAUGCCUUUUCUACAUCACUAUGUUAGUCUUGGCUCUCUUAGAAACGGGUUUGCUGCAUCACUUUGCUGAUUUCUCACAGAUUUCUAAAAGUAGUUCCCAGGCUAUCAUUGGCUAUAUUUUGAUGAUAUUACUUAUAAUACUGUGGAUACUUAGAGAAAUUCAAAGCGUCUAUAUCUUUGGAAUUUUCCGAAACCCUUUCUAUCCAAAGGAUGUGCAGACUGUGACUGUAUUCUUAGAGAAGCAAACAAACCUCGUGAAGAUGGGUGUUGUCAGACGGAUUUUACUAACUCUAGUGUCACCUUUUGCUAUGUUAGCAUUUCUUUCAUUGGAUAGUUCCUUACAAGGGCUCCACUCUGUGUCUGUCUCCAUUGGAUUCACAAGAGCAUUUAGAAUGGUAUGGCAGAAUACAGAAAAUGCUUUAUUGGAGAUAGUCAUUGUAUCAGCAGUGCAAUUAGUGAUCUCCAGUGCAGACAUAUGGUGGAACAGAAACUUGGAUACAGGAAUCAGACUCUUACUGGUUGGUAUCAUGCGUGAUCGUCUGAUUCAGUUCACCUCUAAACUGCAGUUUGCAAUGACUGUACUCUUGGCUUCAUGGACAGAGAAAAAACGUCGAAAAACAACUACCACUCUAUGCAUACUCAAUAUUGUCUUCUCUCCAUUUGUGUUGGUCUUCAUAGUUUUUUCUACACUACUCUCUUCUCCCUUACUCCCCCUUUUCACGCUUCCUGUGUUCUUGGUGGGGUUUCCCCGUCCUAUUCAGAGUUGGCCAGGAACUGUGGGUACUGCAGCCUCUGUGUGUGCAGAUACAGUGUACUACUACCAAAUGGUCCCCAGGUUGACUGCUGCACUGCAGACUGCAAUGACAGCUGGAAGUUUGGGUCUUCUUUUACCUGGAUCUCAUUACCUGGGCCGUUUUCAAGAUCGUUUAAUAUGGAUAAUGAUUCUAGAACAUGGCUAUACUUACUGUUGUAUUAACAUUAAGGGGCUAGAAUUGCAAGAAACAUCCUGUCAUGCUGCUGAAGCUCAAAGAGUUGAUGAAGUUUUUGAAGGUGCAUUUCAGCAAGAAUAUACAAAAAUAUGUUCCCUUAAUGAACACUUUGGAAAUGUCUUAACACCCUGUACUGUUUUGCCCGUGAGACUAUAUUCUGAUGCCAGGAAUGUUCUAUCUGGCAUAAUUGAUUCUCAUGAAAAUUUAAAAGAAUUUAAAGGUGACCUUGUUAAAGUACUAGUGUGGAUGCUUAUUCAGUAUUGCUCUAAAAGGCCCAGAUUGCAGGAAAAUGUUCCCAAAACUGAAAAUAAAGGGCAAGAGCCUCUAAUAAUCCUGCCUGCUUUGAACACUUUACCCCACCCCAAAACCCCUGAAGACACAGAUAGUUUAAGUUCAGAAACUUUUGAUGAUUGGACUGAUGAUAAUAUUUUUGAUGAGUCAUCUAUCAGAAAAGGAAAAGUAGAAAAAGAUCUGUUGAAAGAUUUCCCAAGUAUGAAUUUGCCUCUUCCAGGAUCAGUAGAAUCACAGAGGGAAGGUGAUCAUUCUACAGGCACUAUUCGUGAAAACAGUCUUUUCAAAACAGUUCUACUGUGUUACCCUGCUGCUGACAAGGGGCAACAAGAAGACAAGGCAUUCGUCCCUCUCGUGGAGUUCACUUGUUCACAUUCUCACUUGUUAAGUUUACCUGAAGAGUGGACAUCUGUCUGCAUGCCUAAUUCCAAAAUGAAAGAGCUGUGCUCAUUAUUCCCAGAAGAUUGGUACCAAUUUGUUUUAAGGCAGUUGAAAUAUAUUCAUUCUGAAGAAAAGGCUGCAGACACAGUAGAAGAAAUUGCAAAGGACAAAGUUUUAAAAGACUUUUAUACUCAUACAGUAAUGACUUGUUAUGUUAGUUUAUUUGGAAUAGACAAUAUGAUUCCCAGUCCUGGUCAUAUAUUGAGAGUUUACAGUGGUGUUUUGCCUUGGUCUAUUGCCUUGGAUUGGCUCACAGAAAAGCCAGAACUAUUUCAACUAGCACUGAAGGCAUUCAGGUACACUUUGAAAUUAAUGAUUGAUAAAGCAAGUUUAGGUCCAAUAGAGGAUUUUAAAGAGCUGACUAAUUUUCUUGAAGAAUAUGAAAGUGACUGGUAUAUUGGUUUGGUAUCUGAUGAAAAGUGGAAGGAGGCAAUUUUGCAAGAAAAGCCAUACUUGUUUUCUCUGGGAUAUGACACAAAUAUGGGAGUUUACACUGGGAGAGUACUUACCCUUCAAGACUUACUGAUCCAAGUUGGGAAGUUAAAUGCUGAAGCUGUUAGAGGCCAGUGGGCCAAUCUGUCCUGGGAAUUACUGUAUGCCACGAAUGACGAUGAAGAACGUUACAGUAUACAAGCCCAUCCCCUCCUUCUAAGGAACCUGACGGUACAAGCAGCUGACCCUCCUCUGGGAUAUCCGAUUUAUUCUUCGAAACCUCUCCAUAUUCAUUUGUAUUAGAGUCCAUUAAUGUCAUCAAGUGAGGUGUUUUUAUUUUCCUGUCCUAGAAAAGUUACAGUGUGAUUCCUCCAAGUUAAUUGGACUUUUCUCCACCUCAAAUCAGAUGCCUGAGAAAAGCUAAAACUCCAUAAAGUUGAUCCUUAUCCUUUUACAUCUCGAUAGUUUAAAAAACAAUUUAUGUCCAACAUAAAAGUUAAAACCAAUUGGCCAAUAUUUGUGCCCUAUGGAUUGUAGGAGACUUUGGUAAAUACAAUGAAACAUUUGUAUAAGAUUAGAUAAUAAAAUUUUUUAAACUUUUUAAAAUACGUGAUAUAUGAGUUGCCUUACAAAAGUCAACAGCUCUAUAAUUUUUACAUACUUAAAAGAUAAAUAUAUCAGUGUUUUAAAGUAAUGAUAACGGAUCCUAUAGAAGGUUAGAUAAUGUGUGUGUGUGUGUAUAUAUAUAUAUAUUUGAAAUAUAAUUAAUUUUUAAAUUUUUGAAUGUUAUGUUGUCUUAACAUUUAGCACUAUCUGAAUGUUUCCAUAUAAUGUGUUCAUUUUCUUUUAGUAUACUUUAAUUCAGAAACCUUAAAAUCUUUUAAUAAAAUCUCUUCCAGUAAAGUAUGUUUCCUUCUUUUCAAAUAUCCUUUUGAUAUUAGUCUAUAUGAAAGGAACAGGGUUCGCCCUCUUUAUCAUGUGGAAACUUGCAGAAAGCCAUGUUAGGGGGUCCUAUGAGUAUGAAGCUAGAGGCCAUUCCACAGGUCUGAUACUACUCAUUUCCUUUCAGGUGAAUUUACUGUUUCUGAAGAUGGACUUAGCCCAUUGCAUUCUCUAGAAAUUACUGAAAUUAUUUUAAACAAUCAGUUAUGCUUUUAUUAUCAUUAUUUCAUUUAUUUAGUAUGUGCAACAGUUCACAUAGCAUUGUAAAAGAUAAUUCUUACACAAAAUACCUUUUUUGUUAUGUAGAAAAUUUUUCUUAUGUCAUUAAAAGCACUUUGUAAUUAUUAGUUUGUUAAAGAAUGCUCUUAUUUACUAUUAUUUUUA